AUGGCGCGUAUGUCAAUCUCCGCCGAGACACGGCGACAGCUCAACGGCCAUGAUCGUCGCUGGCCAAUCAAGCUCGGCUUGCGCGCCCUCGCCGUUCCUCUCGCCUUCAUCGCUAUGAUCCUUUUCGCCGUGACCACCUCGGUAUCGAAAAUGAACUACGGUGGUAAUGACUGGACUGAUGGUCUACCUCUUGCUCCUGUCCUCCUCGCCCUCUUCUAUGACCCUCUUGUCCUCUUCCUCACUCUUUUCCAGCGCCACGGCCGGCCAAUCCACCCUGGCUGGAAUGUCGGAGUUGAUUUCCUUGUCUGGGGCCUUGCUAUACCUUCUCUUGUCUUCUCUGUUGGUGACGGCUGGUUCUGGUACUGGCAGCCCGUCCUCGUUGAAUUCGAUGGCAUGGUGCCAUGCGACGAGUAUAAUUACUGGAGUCAGAUCUGUAACCCGCUGAUCUACACAUUGGGACGGAUUGAGAUCGCAGCAAAUGUGUUUCUGGCACUCAUUCUAAUCAUCCAUUUCACCCUCUUCGUCUACGCCUGCAUUGCGACCCACAAAUGGCGCAAAGCAAAGAAGCUUACUGCUGCCGAAAGACGCAAUAUCGAGUUGCAGUACAACCGGACUCCUGAAGAGCAUCGGGAAUCACAGCCACCAGCUUAUACGCCAUCCGCAAAAGGAAGCGCGAGGAUGCCAGUCUCAGCUGUCAGCGAGGAGGACAAUCCUUUCAAGGAUGCGGAAGCCAGUGCGGAGAGCAACCCUUUCCAUGAUGAACAUCGGAGUGCGGUCAAAUAUGCUUGA